UAUUUUGGUAAUUGUUAUUCGUAAUUUUUGCUUCUAAAUCACUAAACAUAGAAAAACAAUUAAUUAAAAGUUUAGACAGGAUACAAUGUCUAAAUCUGCUCACGUUGUCGACGGUGAGGCGUCUGAAUCGGACACUGAGAUCGAAGUAGGCAAGUCACCAAACAUAUCACCACCAUCAAAAGCAUUUGUGGUAACUGGGGAGGCUCCCGAGUCAGACGAUGAGAGCAAGCUUCCAUCCCCCGUCAGUGACGAGCAGGACGCUCCGCUGCACACCUCCAUGUACCCUCCGUCUCCGACGUCACCGGCAAAGCUGAUACACACCUCGCUGCUGCACCAGAAAUUAUGGGAGUGCAACAUAUCGCUGCGCGCGACUCUCGAGGGUCUGGCGCGUCACACGGCGGACAUUAGCGUGGAGAAGCUGACCGUUGCUGAUAAAACUUUGCUCACUGUGCAGGAGAGUAUGCGAGCCACGAACGCGUCGCUGUCGCUGGCUCGCGCUCGCCUCAAGCAGAUCCACGCCGAGCUGGACAAGGCGAACUGUGCAGCGGCGUUGCCUACUGUUAAAAUUAAAUAAUUCCAACUGUUCUGAUAUUAUACAUCUGUUUAAUGUAAUUAAUUAAAUAAUUAUUAUUGUUUG